GAAGCGGUGGCGGGGUUGACAGUGGACCAGUAUGGGAUGGUCUACAAAGUGGCAGUGCCACCCGCCACCUUCUCCCCCACGGGUCUGCACCCCGUGGUGAAUGUGAGCCCCCUGCCCCCUGCCUUCAAUGUGACCUCGCCAAUAAUCCAGCACCCAGGGGUGCCCUACCCUCCCAUCCACUAUGCGCAGAUCCCUCCAACAUCCCUGCAGUUCAUCGGCUCACAUUACACAGUGCCCUAUGCUGUCCCUCCUGGCUUCCUGCCUAGUCCUCUCCUGUCUCCUUCCACCAAUCUCACCACCUCACAUGUCCCCCACUUUGUGCCAUAUGCCUCUCUCUUCACGGAAGAAGCCGCUCCAUCCCCCCAGACUACCUCUCCUACCCACACCUUCAACAAAUCUGCUUCUGCAAUCUCUCCUUCUGGCCAGAUGCAGCACCACGCUGGGACCCAGCCAUUAGAUAUUGCACCAGGUAGAAUUCCUGUCUAUUAUCAGAUGUCCCGCCUCCCACCAGGGUAUUCAGCAUAUGAGACACCUACAGCAGGUGGAAGCCCAGAGUCUCCUCAGCAAGACAGUCAGCUGAGUUCAGAGGUAGCUGCUGCCAAUGGUGGACAGAGACAUCUGGAGCAUAAUGUGGUGAGGAGGACCAGCAAGGCUGUGGACUCUACCAACAGUAAAGCCGAAGACUGUCUGCCAGGGGCUGCAGCAGGAUGUGUGGUCGAUGGACAGUUCCUUUCAGGUUACCAGACGCUGGGAACAGAGGUCUCUGUGCCAGCUCACAGAAGCACCCCAGACACUGAUCUGGAGGUUCAGAGGGUGGUGGGGGUGUUGGCAUCUCAGGAUUAUCAUAUUCUGGCAGCCCAGAGGAAAGAUGACCAGAGCCCUUUAAACCUUUGCCAUAAUAUCCCUGAUCAGCAGGGGGAGUCAAAGGACGUGCUGAGGAACACAGUGGAAAGGGCUGCUGCUGAGAAAAACCAGUCCAGGAGUCCGUAUGUAAUGUCCCCUGAAGAACCGGUUAGACAAAGACAAUUAACCAAAGGAAUGGUGUUAGCCAACGGCAAGCCAGUCCUGGUUCCCGUUGGAUCUGAGCCCAUCAGGUCUUCCACUUCAGAAACCCUGGUGAGGCGGAGCCCAGAUGCACAGGCUCAAGGAAGCUUGCUUGAAAAGGACGCAGCCCAGCUGCAGCCACCCAGCUCCUCACACUUGCCCUCUCACUUCAUGAAAGGAGCCAUCAUCCAGCUGGCUACAGGAGAGCUGAAGCGGGUGGAGGACCUGCAGACUCAAGACUUUGUUCGCAGUGCGGAGGUGAGCGGGGGCCUAAAGAUCGACUCCAGCACCGUGGUGGAUAUUCAGGAAAGCCAGUGGCCUGGGCUUGUCACACUGCAUUUUGUGGUUGGGGAGCAACAAAGUAAAGUGAGCAUUGAUGUGCCCCCAGAGCAUCCCUUCUUUGUGUAUGGCCAGGGUUGGUCCUCCUGUAGCCCAGGGCGGACUGCUCAGCUCUUUGCUUUGCCUUGUCACAGGCUGCAAGUGGGCGACGUCUGCAUAUCAAUCAGUUUACAGAGCAUGAAUGGCAACUCCACUUCUCAGGCUAACUACCCUCUCACAGAUCAGUUGAUAUCUACCAGGGAGAGAUCUGAAAGAACAGCUCAGCAGUCCAGAGAACCAUCUGACAGAGCUGCUGAAAGGAAGAGCCACACAGAUAGGGACAGCACAGCCCAGAGCUCUCAUGCAGAACCCUCUCAGCCUGAGAUUGUCAGUCAGCACAGCUGGACAGCCCCAGGCUUCCAAAGAUACAGCAUGCAGGCAGAGGAGUCUCGGUCCUCUCUGCUCCGUCCUUCUUUCAUUCCCCAGGAGGUCAAGCUGUCUAUCGAAGGGCGUUCUAAUGCAGGGAAAUGA